GAAGCUUCCGGGGAAAGAAAGAUGUCGCUGCCCGUGUUCAGAGGUUGUCACAGGUUUCCAUCAUUGUUUAACUCUACUCGCUUGUUUCUAAAAGACGGUAUCGUAUUGAACCGGUCCGGUAAGACGCGGCUACCGUCCGCCUCACCGGCCCCGGUGGUGGCAGCAGCGGGCCGGCCGUACAGCUCGGAGCGCGACGGGCAGAACCCGCAGCAGCAGCCGCAGGUGUUGGCGUUAAACAUUCCGAACCCUCUGCUCUGGUUCCGGAACCAAGUUCACUACUUUCUGAUCAGGACUUUCUUCGAUGUAGAGUUCACCGUCGAAGAGUUCAAGGAGGGAGCGAAGCAGGCCUUCUGUCAUGUGUCCAGACUGUUGUCACAGUGUCAGUUUGAAGGGUUGGAAGGGCUUGUAGCUAAGGACUUGGUCGGGAAACUGGAGGAAAAGAUCAGCUUGCUGUCAUCGGACCACAAGAAAGCUCUGUCUGCAGAUCCUACUCAGAUCGUGUUAAUGACGCCUAUUAGCGUGCUAGUCUACCACAGUGACGACGUUCAGCAAGAGAGAAAAUUUGCCAGUAUUCUGAUGCGUUUCUGGUAUGUGACGAGUGCACAGCUUCCCAACGACUUCAAGGAGGGAAACCAUGGCAUCAGGUUGAGCGGCGGUGACGAGAGAAAAAGGGAAACAAAGAGAAUCCUAACUGCAAACUAUGAAUUCCAAAGGGAGUUUACCAAGGGAGUGACUCCAGACUGGAUCAUUACAAGGAUAGAGCACUUCAACAUUUUGGAAUAAGUUUUUUCAUCUGAGGCAUGUUGUGCCACUGGAAACCAGUCACAGACAUGCAGUUCCACUCGGACAAGAAAAGACACCAGCCAAGCCAUGCCAUGUA